AUGGCAGCCUUGUCUCUUGUGCUUAGACCGUUCGAGGCCGGCUUCGAGAGUGGAGAUUCUGUGGCUACCAAGGCUGCUGUAUUGGAUGAAGACAGCAAGGACGUUGGGGACGCUGCUCCCGAGAUCGUCGAAACUGCAACAUUGACGAAUGCAGUGACACCCCAAUCAGGCACCUUGAGAAAUUGGACGAACGAGGUUGCUGCGGCAGAUUGGUAUUGGGCAGGGUUGGCAUUGGUAGAUAGUUGGGCGACCGAGUAG